UGCCGAAAGGGCCUCUUCUCUAGUAAGAGUAGAGGAAGAAAGGACGACUGCCCCAUUUUCCGAUCUUCUCUCUCACCAUCCGAGACUUUCAGGAAAGGAAAACACAGACUGAUAUGGCGGACAGAGAAGAAGAUCCACAGAGGUUGAAGAAGAUAGCCGCGGCGGCGUACGACUACGAGAACGACCCAAGAUGGGCAGACUACUGGUCCAACAUCCUCAUCCCUCCCCACAUGGCCUCUCGCUCAGAUGUUCGCGAACACUUUAAGCGCAAGUUCUACCAGCGUUUUAUCGAUCCUGAGCUUGUGGUUGAGGCAAUGUCUACGGGUAGUUCAUCCUCGUCAUCGUCAUCAGCUGCAAGUGAGCAACCACGGGCACGUAACUCAGGGUCUGCUACCAGGACAUCUGGGGCAUCAGCAACUUCAGGCCCAACUCCAACUCCAGCUCCGACUUCCAUGCGUUGGGAUCGACAAACCAUACAAUUUUCUGUCAAUGCUUGGGUGUUUGUUGUGGCUGUGCUGGCAAUAUUUCCAAUUAUACCUCGGAAUCUUUCAAAUAGGGCAUAUCGGCUAUCAUUUAUGGGCACUGCAUGUUCCUCUCUCUAUUCUUUGUACUCACUAUACGGGAAACCUAGGGCAUGGAAUUUGCAGGCUGUGCAAGUGUGGUUUCAGUCAGUAAUCGCAACAAAGGAUUUUAUCUACUUCAUUUACUGCCUUAUGUUUGUAACAUCACAUCUUUACCUCAAAUUUGCUUUAAUUCCCAUUUUGUGCCGAGCUGUUGAACAUGUUGCCAAGUUCCUUAGGCGCAAUUUCACUCGUUCCUCCUUGUACAGGAAAUACUUGGAAGAGCCUUGCGUCUGGGUGGAGUCAAAUGCUACUACCCUCAGCAUAUUGUCUUCACACACUGAGAUUGGUCUUGGCUUCCUUUUGAUUCUCUCUCUGUUGUCGUGGCAGCGCAACAUAAUACAAACUUUCAUGUAUUGGCAGCUGUUAAAGCUAAUGUAUCACGCACCUGUGACUGCUAGCUACCAUCAAAGUGUGUGGAGUAAGAUUGGGAGGACCAUUAAUCCGCUUGUCCACCGCUAUGCCCCAUUCCUAAGUACUCCAAUUUCUGCAAUUCAGAGAUGGUGGUUCCGGUGAAGCCCAAAGGGAGGAUGCUAUGAGGAACAAGAAAAUUGGGGGGUGUUCAUGUGGGAUAUAUACUACAAGUCUAUAACCACCAGAACAUUCCUUUUGAAGAAAAAUUAGCUACGUGAACCGAAGCAGCCAUCUAGCAAAUAACCUCAUAGUGCUUUUGCCCUUCUUCCUGUGACUGCUGUACUUACUUACCCACAGGGUAUGGGUUUGAUUAAAGAAUUAUCUUCCAUUUAGUUUUAUGGUCAUGAUAAAUGGCACUAUAUCUGGAAUCUAUGCUGAACUAGAGGGGAAAGGCAUUCCAUUUACAAAUUUUUUUAGCCCUGAUUUGUGAUGCUGUGAACACUGAAAAGGUUGUGUAGCAACUCACGGUUGUGGUGGUUGGGAUGUGCCACUGCCACAAAGGCGAUACUUUGAUUGUUUUGUCAGUUCACAAUUCUAGCCUUUUACUCCCAUCAGUUUUGGUUGAAGUGUUAAAAUUUGAAUUGGACAAAUGGUUGAAUGA